CUCCUAUUUCCACUACGACAACGACAUCCCAAUUCUCUUUUUACACCAAAUUAAAGGAGAUGUUGUCGAGCAAAAACGUUGUCGUAGUAGAGGCUUGGAACACCACCACCACAACGCAAACGCAAACGCCACAUAGACCGUCACUGUUACACCCAACAUUCUAUUGGGGUUACAACUGCCAAGUGCUCUUCUCAGGCUGGCCUGGUUCUGACCGUGGGAUGUAUGCACUCGCACUUAUCUUCGUCUUCUUUCUGGCGUUCUUAGCUGAGUGGCUUGCUCGGUGCUCUGACGCGUCAUCCAUCAAACAGGGUGCCGAUAAGCUUGCUAAAGUUGCAUUUCGCACGGCUAUGUAUACCGUCAAGUCCGGCUUUAGCUACCUAGUGAUUCUGGCUGUUGUUUCCUUCAACGGUGGUGUUUUCCUAGCCGCGAUUUUCGGGCAUGCUCUUGGGUUCGCUGUUUUCCGUGGGCGGGCGUUUAGGAAUAGGGAUAUUCAAUAACUUGUGAGUGUAACCAACCAAACCCUAUGAGAAUGGAAUGUUUUUUGGUUAUUGAUUUGAUAUGUGUGUGUGUGCAUUCGAAUAUAAUUAAGAGAGUUGUUUUGUAACAUUUUGUGAAAAUUGAGUUGACUGAAAAAGUCAACCUAAAAAUUGUAAAAUCAAUUUUAUAUUAAAGAACAAU